UGCGCCAAACACUCCCAGUCGAGACCUGCUCCUCGCCGCAGCGAAAAUAACUUAACUGUUUAUUCUCGUGUCUUUUGAACUGUAGUUAGUGUUUUUUACCUCCAAAAUCACCGCAAUACAUGAAGAAGUCUACCAGUGUUGAUAUAGUGAUAUACAAGACAGGUGUUUCAGUGUUUUCGUUGGUGAAUAUCGUGUUGUGGCAGUCCUGAGGAGAGGCCAUGCUUUUGAACAGAUCUGUAAGUUGAAAACGUUCUGGCGACUCGCUCGUCCUUCUCAAAACUCCUACACUAAAAACAUGGCCGCGUUAUCUAGCGGGUUUCUUUUAUAAAUCUGUGCAAUUAGUAAGUAGCGAGUUGAUAACUCGAUUGUUAAAAGUUUUAUAGGUUAUGUCCAAUUCCCUGUGGUGUAACCUUGUCAGACUGCAGUGGGGGUUGAAUGAAUGAACUUAUUGCAACAGUCUUUCUUUCAUUAGCUAUCCAUUCUGUCAAAGUUAACUGUACAUUAUGUAAGUGUGCCGUUCUGACCGUAGGAAAAACUCGGAAAUGUAACAUUUUACAUUACAAAAUAAUGAAAACGAAAUCCUGUUAAUUCUGUGCGGUUGUCAAGAAUAUCUUGGUCUAGUGCCACAGUUUAUUUUUGAAUUGAGUGAGAGAAAACGCCAGUAGAAACUUCAGACAACCUUCUUGAAAUAAGCAUUAAACUGUGUUUUAUACCGUACAUUAUAUUCUACGGUAAACGUGUUUUGAGUGAAGUGAAGUGUGUGGUUGGAGCACUACUUAACUAAACUUGGAUUUGUCAUCUGAAUUUAUUGGCUGCUGCUUACAAUGAAGGAAGCAGCGUGGUGCAGGGUGGCAGAAGCCAGCAGUUGAAGCGCCGGCGAUCGUCUGAUGGCAGAUCGCGAUGGCACACGAGGCGGACUGGUCUCGGUGCACAACACGGGGCGCCCCAGUCCGCCGGACACUCCCCCAGGCCCCGUCACUCUCCUGCAGCCCCGACCCGACCAGCAGAGGGCGGUCAACGAGUACGUGGAGACGCCACUGCGUCCCACAAGGACUAGUAGUGCUAGUAGUGUGCCGCGAGUGAAACGGGACCGAGGAGUGGUGACGGAACAACCGGGACAGACGUUCAAGAAGGACUCGGCGGGGACCGCGGCGACGACGACGACGCCUCCCCCCAACAGUGACUGUAGCAUUAUAUGCCGCGAGUGUGGACGAUGUAGGUGCGAGAGUUGUAGAGAGCCGAGGCCGAUGCCGAGUCUGUGGCUUUGUCACGACUUCUGUCUGUGUUCUACAGAGACGUGUGUGGACUACGGGUCGUGUCUGUGUUGUGUCAAGGGUCUCAUGUACCAUUGCGCCAGCAAGGACGGUGACGACGAUACCUGCGCUGACGACCCUUGCUCCUGCGGUCCUCACCGUCGCCUGGGUCGAUGGACCUGCCUGGGCCUCACCUCCCUCGUACUACCCUGUCUCUGCUGCUACUGGCCGCUGCGAGGAGUCGCCGGGGUGGUGGAGUCCCUCUACUCUCGCUGUACCUCCAGGGGUUGUCGCUGCGACUCUCGGCAUUCCUCCUUCACUCCGGAGAAGAGGUUACUCGACUCGAGCCCCGAACUCUAGACACUCACGUGUGCGCGUUUCACCUUUCUAAUAUGCAUUUAAACCUAUCGACUUAUUUAUUUAUUUGUAAGAUAUAUCACUUUUUGUAAUUUAACAGUCAAAUUUUAGAAAACGUUUUACUGUGCAAUCUCGCAACGAGACUAAAAACAAUUUUACUAAAGGUGAAAAGCGCAUCGCGAUUUCUUUCUCUUUAGACUGUCUUUUAAUCCGUUAUAAAUGUAAAUCCCAGGGCUUGUUGCGAUUGUGAUAAAUUGUAUAUUAUUUCUCGUAACAAACUGUCACGCGUCCGCGUCGGGUGUCACUUAAACCGUUUACCUCAUGUAUUCGCUUAGUAAAUUGUAAUUAUUAUAAAUAUUAGUUUAGGGGCUGAAGCAUUCCAAAGACGUUACUUUAAGGUGCCUCCUGUACGGGGCUGUUGUUUGUUAUACUUAAAUGAAAAGGGACGGAUUAAGAUUUCUCGGUACGACUUUAAUCCACAACAAACCAAAUUUAAUUAAUGUAUUUCCUAGGAUUAGGUCGCGACGAUGGUUUCUCCGCCGUUUGUUAUCAACUAAAAGUUAUUUUAUUAAUAAUAUUAAUUAAUUUUAUAUGUAAAUAAUAGUAUAGCCUCUUCCUCUUACCGCUGUACGAACCACUUUGUUUUCAAAAUCAAAAUAUCUCUUCUCCGCGACUGUUGCUAUUUUAUUUAUUCUCGUGGACGUACACAAAUAGAACACCAUCUACCGUAGCUCUAGCUUCUAUCCUCUAUCUUCUGUCGUCUCUCUUGUCUAAGUCAAAUUGUCAAUUGUCAGUUCUGCUCAACUCCGGUUUGUUGAUUGACGCCAUCAAAUGGCUGAUAUGGGAGGAUCAGUAUUCAUCUAGUCUAACUUAUUAUAUUAAUAAUACUCCGGUUACGCCCGGAGUAUCGACUUUAAUAUGAUUGUUAUUAUUUUGUACGAUAACUAUUUUAUGUGAAUAGCAAUCAAAAAUGUAUAUUGUACACGGACCCAUAUUAUAUUUAGUAACUAAUCAGAUGAGCCGCAGUAAAGCGCCACCAGGCGGCGUAGCAGCAGCUUUGUUUAUUUGUAUUUGUAAAUAUUUCUAUAUCGUUUAGUUAACAAAUAUAUCGCAGUAACAGAACCAAUCGUUGUUUUUAUUUAUCUUAUUAAAACUGCUUAAAUUGUAAAUUUUAUGUAAAUAAAAAUGUGUCCAAUGCCAAACUUU